CGUCGCUGUGCUUGUAUGUCGGGGUGACGCACUGCUCAGCAGACCACACCGGAGGAGUGCUACAAAUCGUUUCGCAGGAAUGUAAGGACCUUCACUUUUGGGAAGUUGUACAGACAGUGGAAACUUCGAAAACAUUCGAAAAAGAGUUCUCCUUAGCCACUUUCUAAGACCCGUCAAGGCUGGAUUUGCGUGGACGAUCCUGUUUAACGGACCUAUUUCCAAACCCCCAGCCACAGUGUUGCCAGAGAGAGACAGUUGGGCUAGUGCCUGAACUUCUUGACACAGGGUAGAGUAAAGACCACAGAAAUCCAGAAACAUGAAGGUGGCCAUACUGAUCGUUGUGCUCAUUGCUGCGCACACAAGUGCAGUACCGCCCUGUGAGCUUAAGGAGGUGAAGGAUGAGAACCCCGUAAAAGUGACUCCGUCUUGGGUCUCCCAGGGCUGCUGGAGUGCGGACACCAGUGAAGGAAGAGAAAUCCACUUGAUUAACCUGCAUUUGGACAGGAUCAGCUGGUUUACAAUGGACCUGAAGAAUACAGUUCCUGCAAGCAUCAUCCUGAACAGCAACAAAAAUGUCUCCUUGGUUUUAUUUAACAAGAAUAUUUAUGCAAAAGUCUACUUGAUAAGGUCAGAUUCCUGGAUCAGAGUUACUGGACCAAAUAACACGGUGGACUUGGAUCUUCCCGCAGUCAUUCAGUCAGAUAGCAAUAGUCUUUUAGGCUGGGCAAAGAGCAAGUUUGGCGCCGUGACAUCCUUCACAGAGCUAAUAGACCCCCAGUCCAUCACCUUCAAUGCAGGGCGAGGCCAUUCUCAAGAUUGUGAACUGCAGACAAACUUUACCCAAGGGAAGUACCUGGAAUACCUGCCUGUAACCACGUCAGUGGAAGUGAAAUUUUGCAGGUUCCUGAUGCCAUUAAAGGCGAAAGAGGAAGUACACAUUAUUAGGCAUCUGCCCGUGGACACCAUGACACCAAGAUUAAUCGAAGUGAAUUUCACCCAUCAUAAUCCCUCAACUCUAAUUCUACAAGGUCCUAACACUACGACAUGGAAAAUCAUAUGUCGCAUUGAUUGUAAAUUCAAGUCUAACAACCCCGUCAUUAUAAUGGGUCAUCUAUUGCUGCCCAACUCUCCUAAUCUCCCAGCCUCAUAUGAAGGUCUCCUGAAAUUUGCAGAGGCAGACAGCAAUACAGCUCCUGCUUCCUACACUGAGAUAUCGACAGACUCAAAAAGGCUAAAAGUUUAUAUGAAGAGUAUGACCAAUACAGUCCCCCAGCUACCCAGCACAAGCCUGCAGACCACCACCAGUCCAAACAAGCCGAAGACGACAAUGCACCUUUACCUUUCCCCGGACUACAGGAGCCCAUCUGAGGGGAUUGUGGAAGUGCUGAGCAACAAAACCGUAUAUGCAGAGGUCUCAACCAGCCUUUUAAUGGAGGGUGCUAAACUGGAUAUCGAGAACUGCUCUCUCCAUGCCAGAGCGCUCGGGAUGGAGGUAAAGAGCCUGGAUAUUAAGAAGGAGACCUGCAACCCCAAGACGUGCUCCAGCAGGAGGUUCAGCUUCACCUUAAAACCUGUCCAGGAGCACCACAGCCAGCGCUGGGACCUCCAGUGCUUCACUGCUGUCACCUUUGUGCAUCACCUGAUUUUAAGUGAAGGAGUAGAGAGAGGCCUGAAAGUCAUCAAAGCAAUUUCUACCUUGCCGCCCAGGGAAUUCCACGGCCUGGAACUGGGAGCAGUGCUGGGAAUUGCCUUUGCAUCCUUCCUCAUCGGAGCCUGCCUGACAGGGGCUCUGUGGUUCAUCCACACACACACUGGUUCUACAGUGAAGCGGCAGCCGGUUCCUGCCAUAACCCCUGUGUCUGAGAACAGCAGUGCAAACCACAGUAUCGGGAGCACCCAGAGCACCCCCUGCUCCAGCAGCAGCAUGGCAUAGGGAGCCCAUCCUCUCCCCUGCCCGACACAGGGAGCCCAUCCUCUCCCCUGCCUGGCAUAGGGAGCCCAUCCUCUCCCAUGCCUGGCAUAGGGAGCCCAUCCUCUCCCCUGCCUGGCAUAGGGAGCCCAUCCUCUCCCAUGCCUGGCAUAGGGAGCCCAUCCUCUCCCCCUGCCUCCUGGACACCCGCACACCGCCGCAAACCAGGGGGCAGAGGGACCUUCCACGUGCCCUGCUGGACGCAAGACCUUGUUCAAUGGAGCCAAUAUAGGAAACACAAAGCCCGUCUCAGAAGCCAGCAAAUACAACUUUAAAACCAGCUAAAAAAGUUAAACUAAUUAUAAAUGCCUUUCCUCCUGGAGGGGAAUGAUAAAAACAACAGCCUUCUGAAACAGCAACAGCCUUAUUGAACUGCCUAGCAGCCAACAGAUGCAACCUUGUUACCCAGCAACAGACCGCAGAAGAACUAGACGUGUACACAUUCAUAUACUAUGCUCAUAAAAAACAGCCUCGAUCCUACUGAGUCUUUUAAAAUAAAGGACGUAAUCAUAAAUACAGGCAGGUUUAGUAGCUAUACCAGAACACUUGAAAAUCCCAGGGAAAUGAACGUGGCUCAUUUGAUCAACCUUCACACAGCUUGAAGCUCCACAUUGAGCUCACCAGUUUAGAAGGAUCCCUUUGAAUAUAAUGGGAGUCAGGAGCAAGGCUAUCCAGUGUGAUAUUGUAAUUCUCCCACUAAGUGUCAGCAGGUAAGGCAGGUCAGGCGUGGCUUUUAGCUUGACCCUUACAAUCUGGGGGGAAGGGGUAAUGCAGCAGCAGUAACUUAAAAGAGAUUUUUGAUAUCAUUUAAAUGUUUCUAUGUUUUCAUUUCUCACCAGUGUAAUAUCCCACUAUGUGUAUUCUGCAUGGUAUUCCUUUGUUGCUUAGAUAUUUUUUUGUCAUUGCUUCUGAAAAGACUCCUCAAGGUUGAUUGCCGGUAGUUAAGGUGGGUAUUAACUAUUAGUCCAUAUUAGUCCUGUGCUGUGGACUGAACCCUGUGCAACACUGACAUGCUUCCCCAGCUCACUUGCCUGCAAUCGGAAGCAUUGUUUUGCUGAUAAGCCUGGUAAAUAAUACUCUCAGCAGAAACAACAGAGAAUUGUACAGAACACACAUUCUAGGAUAUGAAAUAUUAGAGAAAUGUAGAUUAUAUGAAGUAUCCCUUCAGGGCCCAGCUGAAUCUAUAGCUGUGUUUCCACUGCCCAGAAAUCCUCUCUCGUUGAGCACUGUGCCUGUGACUGGCCCCCCUUUCCUUCAUAAGGAGGUUCAUUCAGGGCUAAGGACUGUAGCAAAAGCUGGAGCGUGAGCGGGAUCUGGGCACUGAAACAUAGAUUUCAAGUGCUGAGAGAGAGACAAGGGCAGCAUGUAUGUGCCUCUUCAAACAAACACUGUCAUGCUGUGCACAGUCCUGCUCACUGCUGCACUACAGUAUUUCUUCAGAGGCAGACCAGUACAAAAAAAAAAAAGAUUGAAUAUGGCUGCCACGUUAUUCUUAAAUUAGGCCUUGACUAAGUACUGUACAUAUUGUUCAAAAACUACCUAACAGUUAUUCUUUAUGCUAAAUAAUGUAGCUAUGUUUUGUGAUGUUUUUUUUUUUUAUUAUUUGUUUAAUGUUGUGAUGGGUUAACUUUUAAAAAAUGUUAUGAAACUAAAGGGAAAUAAUGCCAUUUAUUGCAGUUACAUGAACUCACCUUCUGGGGGCACUACUGAUUAUUAUCCAGUAGCAGUAACUUAUUUGUUAUAAUGUGUUUAUUUUCGCAAAACCAACUUUGAGUUAGUGCAAUAUGUAAUUUCAUGCUCUCAGAAGAAAGGCAGCUUUGUGUUCUCUAUGCAGUGGCAUUUCCAGUGACCGUUCAUGUUGAAUGUUAUUCUGUCCUGUCCCAUUGUAAUAUAUCUGCAGUGUGGCUGUGUUUGUGGUGUUGUGCCUAAUCUCACACUGACCAACUCAAAGUCCCCAUGCAUCAAACGGAGAAGAAUUGCAAUGUGGUAUACUGUACACCAGUGCCAUUGCCAUCAUGAAAAGGACAGCCCUACAUCCAGUGUUACAGUAUACAGUGAAAUGCAACACACUUCCAUGUGGAUAGAAGCCUCCAUAUAUGCCCAGAUUCAGAUUCUUGUUAAUAAUGGCAGGUGCACAUUUAAAUUAAAUUCACCCAUCAGUGAUUGGUUUGCUUAAUUGUACCAGGGCAAUUCUGAAAUUAUUUUAAAAAUGUAUUUCAGAAAAUGCUGCAGAACAUUAUUUGCACAUAAUAUAUAAUCGGUGGCCCCCUGUAAUUUUUUGAUGUGUUAAAACAAAGUGAACUAGAAAGCUGGACCAACACCCAAGCUCACUGUCCAUUACUCUCCCCUGCAAAACAGCCAGUCACAAAACAUGUGCACGUUGCCUGAGCAGAUCGCUCAAAAGUAGAACCUGCAAACCGUAAAACACACAGAACAACUUUCUUCUCACGCAGCUAUGGACCCAGCUGCACAGAGAAGGUAAAAUGCAUCUACUCAUUCAAAUCACUGUGGUGUCAAAACCAUGGCACCCUUACAGCUCCACACACCCACAACACUGGGCCAAGACUCCUGAGAUCCCACCCCCCAAUGAGCUCUGAAGACACUCCUCCAGUUUGGAUGCCAGUGUAUUUCAGAUAAAGGGGGUUGUGCUGUACUUCAAUACUGUAGCCUGUGUCACUCUUGCAUGUUUCAGAAAGUGCUUUGUUUUUUUCCCCCAUCUUGAGUGAAGCCUCAUAAGUUGGCCCAGUUAAAAUGUAUGUAUAUUGUUAAGCUGUCUUAAAUAUAUUGUAAUUGUAUACUGACAUUCUUAAAGAAACAUAACAAUAAAAAUGACUGGUGAGAUUGUU